AUGCAACAGCUGCUAAUGCGCAUACAGCAGCAGCAGGUCGUGACUCCGGAAUCUGGGCCAAACAGCUCUUCAGCUGGAAGCAGCAAUGAUUUCACGGAGCGUGCACGUCUCCUGCUCACUCAGUUACCGCCACCUUUCAACAUAAAAGCUGCUGCCGCGUCAAGACCGGAAUCUUACGAGAAUGCAAUGGAUGCCGUGUUGCUUCAAGAGCUAUCGCGUUACAAUACGCUCAUUACUAUCACGGAAAAACGCCUGCAGAUCGUUCAGGUGUAG